AUGUCCAAUCCGCCACCCUUCCAGUCCGCCCUGUUGGCAGGCGCCCUCGCCGGGACGACAGUCGACCUCUCGCUCUUCCCGCUCGACACGCUGAAAACCCGGCUCCAGUCGUCGGCCGGCUUCUUCCCCUCGGGCGGCUUCUCCGGAAUAUACCGCGGGAUAGGCUCGGCGGUGGUCGGGUCCGCGCCCGGCGCGGCCUUCUUCUUCUGCACGUACGAGACGGCCAAGGGGUUCCUCAGGGCGCGCGCGGCGGUGCCCGACGCCGUCGCGCACAUGGUGGCCGCGAGCCUGGGCGAGGUGGCCGCGUGCGCGGUCCGCGUGCCGACAGAGGUGGUCAAGCAGCGGGCGCAGGCAGGGAUGCACGGCGGCUCGUCGAGGGCCGCGCUGGCCGCCAUCCUGUCGCAGCGCUCGGCGCGCGGGCUCGGCGCCGUGUGGAGGGAGCUGUACCGGGGCUGGGGCAUCACCGUCUUCCGGGAGGUGCCGUUUACCGUUAUACAGUUCCCGCUGUGGGAGGCCAUGAAGUCGUGGCGCAGGAAGGGGAGGAGGGCCGGCGAGGACGUGGCCGCUGCCGAGAGCGCCGUCUUCGGCAGCGUCGCCGGCGGUAUUUCGGCCGCGGCUACGACGCCCCUGGACGUGUUGAAGACGAGGGUCAUGUUGUCCAAGGACAGGGUCUCCGUGGCAGAGGUGUUUGGGACCAUGGUCAAGCAAGAGGGUCUUCGGCCGUUCUUUGCCGGCAUUGCGCCCAGAGUGACUUGGAUUUCUAUUGGCGGUGCCAUUUUCCUGGGAAGCUACCAGUGGGCUAUCAAUACCAUGAGGACCAUUUCAUGA